CAAUUAUUUGGAAAAACAAACUUUUUAUGUUCAACGUAAAUGGACAAAUAUGCAGUCUCUUCAUCAGGCUUACAACAUUGAAAUGAAUAACUGCAAUUCUAAUGCAGUAUAAAGCAUGAUUGAAGAAGAUUGUCUCAUACUUAAUAAAAUCUUGCGAGGUUUAUGCUUCUUGAUAUGAUAAGUGUGGAAUUAAUUAAAAAUAAGAAGCUAUGCUCAAGUGGUUGGCAUUGUUGCGAAUGAUUUUUGCAGAUGGAUGUAGAUCAAAUUAAACUCCAAGGUAUUUGCAGUGAAGAUAUGUCACCUGAGCAGUCUGUUUCUCCAGAUGUUUCUAGUACAUGCGACGACUUUAGGGAUCCUGAGCUUUUUCCCCGAAUCGGGAAUGAGUACCAGGCUAUAAUUCCCCUCCUUGUGGUCAAAUCGGAUGAUUUCAGGCCUUUGAAGAGUCAAGCUGGUGGUUUGCUUGAUACUUAUAUUGGAUUGCCUGUACCGGUAGAAAGGAUUGAUGGUGGUCAGAGUCUGAAACAGGAACAGCAUAAUGGCAGUGAUAAUAUUGUUUUGGCAUCCGACCAAAAUGAACAUCUGGCUGUGACAACUGUGACGCGGGAUGUUUCAGAAGCUCGAGAGGUUAAACCCUGUGAUGACAUGAGAAAUAAGGAUUCAGAAAAUGCAACAAAUUCAGGCGAUUCAACAAAUUUUCUGUUGCAACAAGAAAUGAAGAUCAAUAUGAAUGAAAACAACGUUGACAAUGGCCAAGGGUUGAUUCCCGAUUCCUUGAAUGAUUACUGGAGUGACAUAGAAAGGGCCAGUCUUCUCCUGGGAUUAUACAUUUUUGGGAAGAACCUCAUUCAGGUGAAGAAGUUUGUUGGAUCUAAACAGAUGGGUGAUAUUCUUUCAUUCUAUUAUGGGAAAUUUUAUGGAUCUGAGAAAUACCGCAGAUGGUCGACAUGUCGUAAAGCAAGAGGCAAGAGAUGUAUAUGUGGACAGAAGUUGUUUAGUGGCUGGAGGCAACAGGAAUUGGCAUCUCGCUUGCUUUCCUCAUUAUCAGAGGAAAAGCAAAAUACGGUAGUGGAGGUUUCAAGGAGAUUUAGUGAGGGUAAAAUACUGCUGGAGGAAUAUGUACUCUCUUUGAAAGCUAUAGUUGGGUUGAAUGCACUUGUAGAGGCUGUUGGAAUUGGUAAAGGAAAACAAGAUUUAACCAGCACCACCAUGGAUCCAGUGAAGUCUAAUCAUAUUCAUCCUGCUCGGCCUGAAAUACCAGUUGGUAAAGCAUGUGCAGCACUUACACCUGUCGAAAUUGUCAAAUUUCUGACCGGAGAUUUCAGGUUGAGCAAAGCUCGAUCAAGUGACCUCUUUUGGGAAGCUGUGUGGCCCCGUUUGUUAGCCAAAGGGUGGCAUUCGGAGCAGGCUAACAAUUAUGGUAGUACUGCUGGUUUAAAGCACUCUUUGGUGUUCCUGAUCCCUGGUGUGAAGAAGUUUUGCAGAAGAAAACAAGUUAAGGGAGAACAUUUCUUUGAUUCUGUCAGUGAUGUCUUGAAUAAGGUUGCUUCGGACCCUGGGCUUCUUGAGCUUGACAUUGUUGUAGAUAAACCCUGCAGCAACAAGGACGAGAUUGAGUUGAGUGGCAAAACGAAACCAGACCAGGAGGAUUUUUCUAGUCAACAACGUUACUGCUAUCUCAAGCCACGAACUCCAAUUAAUAAUACGGAUACGAUGAAAUUUAUGGUUGUCGAUACAAGUUUGGGUAAUGGAUACACAUUCAAGGUCAGAGAACUAAAAAAUCUGCCAGUUGAAAUUACGAAUACAUACGUUUCCAGAAAUCAAUCUGAAGACGAUGAGCAAAUUUCUUCAGAGAUUUCAAUGGAUGAUACUCAUUCUGAUAGCAGUAUGCAUUAUGAUAAGGAAGUAACUGACAUUUCCAGAGGCUCAAGAAUCAACUUGGAUAAAAAUGUUUAUUUUGAUGAGAAAACUUGUGUAGGUAAUUCUUCAAAUAAUGAGACUCCAAAUGACGGCCUAUAUUAUUCUACUAAUACAAGGUCGAAAAUUCAGGAGGAGGAUGAGAAAACUUCAAUGGACAACGCACGGCAAAGAAAGGCUGUUCUGUACCAAAUGAGCCGGGGAAAACCCGAAUCCAAAAAUGACUUCACAGCUUAUACCGAACCAAGUUGGGAAUUGAACUCUUGCAGUCAACAGACAAGCUGCAAUCCAAUUAAAACAUUGGCAGGUCCUGAGCUAAAAGAGGAGCGCAAUUCAUCUGAACAUUAUGAUUUGCAUCAAAAUAUUCUCCCUCAAGUCGAUUCGUCUAAGGAGAAUUUGCCUUUGUCUUCUUUAUCCACAGGCAGUACAGUUACUAGUUGUGUCGAUGUUCCUAAUGGCAUUGAAGUUCAACAAGGUAGACAUCAACCCCAUACUUUGAUUGACCUCAAUUUGCCUAUUCCUCAAGAUUCUGACAGCCAUGGAAGUUCCACCAUGGAAAUAAAAGGACAAAAAACUAGACCAAACAAGUGUUCUGAAAGCCUCAAUGUUUCAGAACGCGACUCCAAUAAGAGUUCUCGAAGACAAAGCAAUCGGAACCGACCUCCAACCACUAGAGCUCUGGAAGCUCAUGCUUUAGGACUAUUGGAUGUCAAACAGAAGCGGAAGAGUAAGGACGUUUUUCUUGAGGAAAAUUUUUUGAUGAGAACUUCCCAGCACGCUCAUUCAAAGGUGAGACACACAGAGAAGUUUGGGAAUGGCAUUGUGGAUUUCAAACUAGAGGACAGAGAAAGUAAUGUUUGCAAUGAUAAUGGUAACACCUUCCAUAAGCUGGAAGUUUAAUUUGACAUAAAAGUGUCCAUAGCUUUGUUUCGUAAACUGGUUAAGGUGCCGAAAUGCUAACUUGCUCACCGAGAAUGGAUGCUGCCUGAGAUUCAUUACAACUUAUAUGGCCUGUCUUCUCAUCCUCAGAUUCAAGCAGUGUGCUUCACUUUAUAACUGUAGCAGUUCUUUGUGGAAACUCAGAUACUAAGGCCCUUGACCUUGUGAACUUGACUUUGUUGUGUCUCUUAAAUCAUUUAUCGCCCCACAGUCCAAAUACUGGACGACGUUACUCUCCGAUCGCUCCAUUCUCAGACUCUCCUUAUGCUUUGCUCCUGUACAGUGUCCAUUGGAGAAAGUAAAGCCUCCGUCUUAUGACUUCAUCUUCCCAUCCUCAGGAAGAAAGCUGAGCAUUGCCCGUCUAUGGCGAAUGUAAAUAUAGAAAAAGAAGGUUGUCUGAUCGGGUUUACGCAAUCGGGUCGAUACAAAGGUCUCUCUAACGGCUUACUUCAGUCUCUAAUCAAUAGGCAGAAGGUUGCUGUAUCUGUUUUCUUCCCGGAGCAUACAGAUUCCAGUAGAUAAAUGGCUAAAUUAUUCAGUGAACCAAAGGAGUUGGCUGCACCUACAGGUUCCAAGUUCUUCUUCUUUUAACUAUUGGCUGGAAGAUGAAAAAUGUUAGUGUAUUUAUUUUCUUUUUGAGAACCGAAACGUUAGACAAAGAAAGAAACAUAUAUGUGAGAUUACCUUAGAAGCCAGUAAUAAUGUUCAAACUGUUGGAUUUUGGUUUGAUAAUAAUUUUGUUUUUU